ACUCCCGCAUGACGGUUCCCCGUCACGUGGUAACCUCAUUACGUGAUUUUGUGUCGUCAAGUUCACACGUUAUUCUUCUGACCGGGACUAGAUUCGUGGUAAAAAUGGGAAAAAGGAAGAGGUCUAGGUCAAAGGAAAGUGAUUAUAAUGAUAUUUUAAGAAAAAUGAAAAAAUUAGAACGCAAGUUAAAGGAAAGACGAGAACGGUCGUUAUCAGUGAGUUCAAAUUCAUCGAGUUUAAACUACCGCGAUGAAAAUUAUGAUUAUGACCGAUAUUACGAUGUUUAUCCAGAUGAAGACGCGUAUGAUCCAGCAAUCAACUUGGAUGACGAAAUUGGCGAUGAGGAGCGCCCCGCACAGUUAGAUCCCCCGCCUCCCCCGGCAGUUCCGGCACCGGCCAGCGGCCAGCCGCCGCCAUCGUUACCGCCGAUCGAGGCCGUGCCAGGCACAUCGUCAUCGGUUAUUUUACCUGAAGGGCAAGAGGCAGAGGCUACGGUAAACUUGGACCCUGUCAUUCUAGAUCUUUUAGGAGAGGACCCUUCUACUAAAAAGAUUUACGGUGCAAGCUUACAUAAAGACAUUGCCCCGAGGUGGGCUCAUAUUCUUACUAAUGGUCUGACGAAAGAAUCUCAAGCGGAUCUAAUAAAACAAUAUCGGUUACCCGAAAACUGCACCAAUUUAUCAUCGCCAAAAUUGAAUCCUGAAAUAAAAGCUGCGCUCUCCGAAUUAAAUAUCAAACAAGAUCAGUAUAGCCAGGGUAAACAAAAUCAAAUUGGAAGCGGUCUCGCAGCUCUAGGACAAGCUUUAAAUUGGGUUGUCACAGCCAAAGAUAUUGUACCUCCAGAUAUUGUUAAAGCCUUAAUUGACGCCGGGAGGCUUAUCUGCGACAACCACUACAGGGAAUCGUUAUCGCGUAGAUAUGCGAUACUGAACACACUUAACAGAAACAUCAGAGAUACUGUUAAAGAUACAAAGAUUGACGAGAAUCUCUUUGGAUCCAAUUUAUCUGACCACUUGAAGUCAUCAAAAGCAAUAACGAAGACUGGCUCUGAAAUGAAGCCAGCGCCCCGCCCACCAUACAGGGCGCCAUCAGCUUUCCAGCCACAAAGAGGAGCUUUAAACUCGAGGGGGAACUCGCGCGCAGCAGCGACCGAGCCACGGACAGCGCCUGCGUCCCGCCGGCCGCCGCCUGCCCCGCAGCCGCGAGAUCGCCGCCAGCCUGCCACGCGGGGCCGUCAUCGCGCUUCCGGAUAUUCGAGACAUCAGAGGAGACAUUAAUGGAACCACAGGUACUGGUAGCAGGACGCUUAAAAUAUUUUUACGAUAAAUGGACCGAACUUACCGAUGACCAUACUAUCCUAAAUUGGGUCAAAGGUUAUACAAUACCGUUCAAAGAACGGCCUAUACAGACAAUGCAACCAAAAAAUAAUGCUUGUAAUUCUCAUUCUCAAAUGAGCAUUAUUGAUAAUUGCAUUACCGAACUUCUGACUUCUAAAUUCAUCUCACCUUGCACACCUUGUGAAGGUCAAUUUAUUUCCCCGAUUUUUACAGUGCCUAAGCCAAACGGGAAAUACAGGUUUAUAUUAAAUUUAAAAAUGUUAAAUAAGUAUAUUGAUGUGGACCACUUUAAGAUGGAGGACCAUCGCACUGCUUUAAAGCUUUUACAACGUAAUUAUUAUAUGGGUUCUAUUGACUUACAAGAUGCGUAUUUUCUAAUCCCAAUAGAUGAAAAUGAUAAAAAGUUCUUGCGAUUCGAAUGGAAAUCACAAAUAUACGAGUUUAAUGUACUCCCGUUUGGCCUAUGCACUGCACCAUAUGUAUUCACUAAGCUGUUAAAACCUGUUUUGCAAUACUUGCGCUCAUCGGGUCUAAUGUCAGUAGUUUAUCUUGAUGAUUUUUUGUGCAUCGGCCAAACUUAUGAUGAGUGUUUGAAAAACAUCACCAUAACAAAAGCUAUUUUGGAAUCUUUGGGGUUCGUGAUAAAUACCAAGAAAAGCGUAAUGGUACCAAAUAAGACCUGUAGGUUUUUGGGUUUCGUAUUUGACACUAAACAUAUGAUUAUUACGUUGCCAGAAGAGAAAAAAACACGUAUUAGGAAUAAAGCUUUAGAAUUGAUGAGGAAAAGUAGCUGCACUAUUAGACACUUUGCUGAAUUCAUAGGUUUACUAAACUCCGCAUGCCCAGCCGUGAGCUAUGGUUGGAUGUAUACCAAACUAUUCGAACGCGAAAAAUUCCUCGCUCUCAAUUAUAGUGAGGACUAUAAUAGGCGAAUGGAAAUAAGGUCGUUU